AUGAUGGAUAACUCCGUUGCAGUCGCCAGUCUACUGAACCUCGAGGCAAAGGCUCAGGGCCAAAUACAAGUAUCGGCUCUUCGAGGAGGCACCUUUACUCUUCCAAAGAAACUGUUCGUUUCCAGUGCCACAGACAAUGAGUUCACGCGUGUUCCUUCACUGUCAUUUUUGAUCACUGAGGAUCAUGGGGCGGGCGGGCGACCUAAACGCACUCUCUUCGACUUGGGUCUUCGACGCGACACUAGCACAUACACCCAACAGAUUCAACAGCACCUAAGAAGUCGUCUACCUAUGGACACUUCGCCUGAUGUGCUGCAAAGCUUAGUGGAUGGUGGUUUGAAGGCCAGCGACAUUGAUGAGGUGAUUCUCAGCCACGUUCACUGGGAUCAUAUUGGCACUCCUACUGAUUUCCAACGAGCCAAGUUUAUGGUCGGUGCUGGGUCCCUAUCCCUACUAAAUAUGGGUUUGAAUGGCCACAUGUCACACUCCAACUUUCAACAGGACUUGUUUGAAGGCUUAAACGUUGUCGAGUUUACAGGCCCAAGCGGUUGGGAUUUGAUAGGCGGUUUGAAGAUGCUUGACUUGAGAAGCGGCGGCUACCUUUACGUGGUCGACUCUCCGGGGCACUUAACUGGUCAUAUCGCACUGCUCGCUCGAGUAGGGCUUCAGAAGUGGGCAUUGCUGAUUGGAGAUGCCUGUCACGAUACCCGUUUGUUGACAGGAGAGCAAUCGAUUGCUGAAUGGACUGAUGCAGAAGGAAGAUCAUGCUGUAUACACAUGGAUAAAAAGAAAGCAACCGAGACUUUGGAGAUAUUUUCCAUGUGGAAGAGAGCGUUUGAGGAGUCUGGCAUAAACCUAACUAUUGUGUUUGCGCACGAUGUGGAGUGGGCAGAGUCACACCCCGAAGCAUUUUUCCCUGGGUCACUUUAA